UGCGGUUCCGGGGGGAAGGCUGGGGAGAACGGACCGCGUCCUGCUGGCGGAGCCGACGGGCGGAGGGGGCUGGUUACUCGCUGUUCCGGGACCCGCAGCAGCAGCACCCGCAGGCACAGACCCCGCGCCCGUCAGGUCUUGAAGUGUAAGGUGCAGGCUUCUCUUCACGGUGCAUGGACGGAAAGCCAAUGCGCAGGUGUACCAGUACUCGACCAGGAGAGACCGGAAUGGAUGUGACGAGCCGUUGCACCCUUGGAGAUCCCAACAAACUGCCAGAGGGGGUACCACAACCUGCUCGCAUGCCCUACAUCUCAGAUAAGCACCCUCGACAAACCUUAGAGGUUAUCAAUCUUCUGCGGAAGCACCGGGAGUUGUGUGAUGUGGUCCUAGUCGUGGGUGCCAAAAAGAUCUAUGCACACCGGGUGAUACUUUCAGCCUGCAGUCCUUAUUUCCGAGCCAUGUUCACUGGGGAACUGGCAGAAAGUCGGCAGACAGAGGUAGUGAUUCGAGACAUCGAUGAAAGGGCCAUGGAGCUGCUGAUUGACUUUGCAUACACUUCCCAGAUCACAGUGGAAGAGGGCAACGUCCAGACCUUACUGCCAGCUGCUUGCCUGCUCCAGUUGGCUGAGAUCCAGGAAGCCUGCUGUGAGUUCCUAAAAAGACAAUUGGACCCUUCCAACUGCCUGGGUAUCCGGGCUUUUGCUGACACUCACUCCUGCCGUGAGCUGCUGAGGAUUGCCGACAAGUUCACACAACAUAACUUUCAGGAGGUGAUGGAGAGUGAGGAGUUCAUGCUUCUUCCAGCCAAUCAGCUCAUAGAUAUCAUAUCCAGUGAUGAGUUGAAUGUUCGCAGUGAGGAGCAGGUGUUCAAUGCAGUGAUGGCCUGGGUGAAGUACAGCAUUCAGGAGAGGCGACCCCAGCUACCCCAGGUGCUACAACAUGUCCGUCUGCCACUACUCAGUCCCAAGUUCCUGGUGGGUACAGUCGGCUCAGAUCCACUCAUUAAAAGUGACGAAGAAUGCAGGGACCUGGUGGAUGAAGCUAAGAACUACCUGUUGUUGCCCCAAGAGCGGCCGCUGAUGCAGGGACCAAGAACUCGACCACGCAAACCCAUCCGUUGUGGAGAAGUGCUCUUUGCAGUGGGAGGCUGGUGUAGUGGGGACGCAAUUUCCAGUGUGGAGCGCUAUGACCCUCAAACCAAUGAGUGGCGGAUGGUGGCUUCCAUGAGCAAAAGGCGCUGUGGAGUUGGAGUCAGUGUUCUGGAUGACCUCCUGUAUGCUGUGGGAGGCCAUGAUGGUUCUUCUUACCUUAACAGUGUAGAAAGAUAUGACCCAAAGACGAAUCAGUGGAGCAGUGAUGUGGCUCCCACCAGCACCUGCAGGACCAGUGUUGGAGUGGCAGUUCUCGGGGGAUACCUGUAUGCUGUUGGUGGCCAGGAUGGCGUCUCUUGUCUCAACAUUGUGGAAAGGUAUGAUCCAAAAGAAAACAAAUGGACUCGGGUGGCUUCCAUGAGCACCAGGCGCUUAGGAGUGGCAGUGGCUGUGUUAGGGGGCUUUCUCUAUGCUGUGGGAGGCUCCGAUGGGACGUCGCCUCUCAAUACAGUGGAGCGCUACAAUCCCCAAGAGAACCGCUGGCACACAAUAGCUCCCAUGGGGACUAGACGGAAGCACCUGGGCUGUGCAGUAUACCAGGACAUGAUCUAUGCUGUGGGAGGCCGAGAUGAUACCACAGAGCUCAGCAGUGCCGAGAGAUACAACCCCAGAACCAACCAGUGGUCUCCUGUGGUGGCCAUGACAUCACGGCGGAGCGGCGUUGGCCUUGCAGUAGUGAAUGGACAGCUAAUGGCAGUGGGAGGCUUUGAUGGCACAACGUACUUGAAGACCAUUGAAGUGUUUGAUCCUGAUGCUAACACAUGGAGGUUGUAUGGCGGAAUGAACUAUCGUCGACUGGGAGGUGGUGUAGGCGUUAUCAAAAUGACACAUUGUGAAUCCCAUAUAUGGUAAGCGUCUAAUGGAGGGAAAGCCCUUGGUUCUCAAUCCUAUACAAACUGAAGAGACUUACUGACUCUGGAGCUCUGUGCGGCUCUAGUAAAAUAUAGAUCCACCUUAAUUCUUUGCUGGUGCCUCUUUCUAUGGAAUUAUAAAUAAAAUGACUUUUUGAGCGCACAUCCAAUGGGAGACCACCUUGUCAGACUCCAGGAACCAUCUACUACAACUAGAAGCUUUGCUUAUGUCCAUAUUUUUUUCUAAAGUCUCUUGGUUUUUGAAUAAACUGAACUGUAAAAGUUACUGUAGCAUAAACAAUGACCUGGGACUGCAAGCUGUGCCAGGAGUCUGGCAAAGAGGAGGGCCUCUCCUCCUCCAGCAGUGGAAAUGGCAUCCAUGCAGUGGGUGAAAGAGGAAAGUGAUACUGAAAAUAGUGCUUUUGCCUUAUUUACAGAGAGCUUCAUUUAAAAAAAAAAAAUGUACUUGACCAGAAAGGUGCCACCUUUGCACAGAAGCUUUUCUGAGUGCAGAGUAUAUUUAUUUUUUCAUUUAAUUUGUAUCAUGUAUUUUCUUUGUAUCACUCACAGUGAAAGAUUCCAUCUCUUUUAAUUUUUUGAGAUUGAGUUCUGACAGGCUGAAGGUUGGGGCAGGGCUACAUCCUGAUACUUCUGGACGCUGCUGCGCCAAGCCACUUGGGCCUCUUAGAGCACAGGAGCUGUGAAGAUUAGUGCUCUGAGCGUCUGGUCGGUUUUUGGGGCAAUGAGAAGCAGGACUGGAACUCCCAUCUCUUUGCUGAAUUACUGAUGCUCAAAAAGGAGGUUGGGGAUGAAAGUUGAAAAAUAGCUAGACUCCAAAAUUAUGCAUUUUUCCAGUGUGUGGUACAAAGGUUCAGGAUCUAUGUCUUUCCUGUAUGUGAACCUUAUGAGAGCACUUAUUGCCAUUAUCAAUUCUUGUCUCUGCUCACAUGGGAACCACUUGUUAUUUUUGGAGAAUCUAGAAAGAUAUAGUUGCAAUUUCCUAGCACUCGCCCCUAUUGCAGACUUGAAAUAGCUCCUGCUGAAGAAUGCUCUGGUCAGAAUCAGCUUAGCUCCCUACCCGUCUCUCUCCUGUUUCUUUAUAAUUCAUACUGGGGAACAUUAGGAUAAGGAUCAGAUGGUACCUCCCCUUAGUGAAUUUGUAUGCACUUCCUUAUGUUGGCUUUAGAGCUGGAAAAGGUAUGAGGCCUGUUUAAUAGAUUUCUGGAGGAGAUGGUGUGCAAUUGCAUUGUGAGUAAUGGGGUAUGUUUUAGCGAGUGCAAAAGCUGGAUGGCAGAGUGCCUCCAUGCUUUGAGCAAACAAGACAAGUUGGCUGUAUUGUUAAGCUCCAGAAUGAGAGAAUGUCAUGAUGCAACCGAGGUAACUUUGUGGCAUACCUACUAAAUUAGAGAUUUGAAAGGGUUGGAGGAAUGUACAUCCUUGAUAUUAAGAGCAGUGCUAACAUCUCAGUACGGUUUGGUUCCUAUAACUCAGCACUGUAAUGUGCUUGAGAAUGUAGAAAAAUAACACUAUGCUAACAAAAAUGGGUCAUUAAACAAGACUUUUUUAACAAAAACAACAACAAAAAAAGCUCCUCAACGGUUGGCAUUCUUGUGUUUACAUUUGAAGAUCAUUUGCACCUUUACAAGGAAAAACAAGUAUUCUGUAAACAAUUGUUUACAUGUAUCAUUUAUGCUUUUUUCUAGCAUGAGUAACUUGUAUAAAUAGCAGUGUUACCUUAAUAAAUUUCUUUUAUGCUGUUA